AACUACGCCAAAGUGCUGAAGAAGCUGCUGAGCAGCCUCGAUGAGGAGACGAUCCAACGGACCCGUCAAGCCGUGUUCAGCCGCUUCUUUGAGCUCACACCGACGGCCGAGAGCUUCAUGAAGCAGUCCUCCACGCGAAUGUAUUACAUCGCAGAUAAGAUUAUGGAGAUGACGAUGGACAUCUACGAGAGCACCCGCCACGUUGUAGACGACAUCUCGGGUCUAGGCUUGCGGCACGUGGGAUACGGCGUUCCCACCGAAUAUUUUCCGCCCAUGGUUCAAGCCUACUGCGAGGCGAUCGAGAAGUUGUGCCCGGACAAAUUCGGACCUGAAGCCUUCCAGUGGUCGCUGUCGUUGAUCACGAAGAUUCUCACCCGGGUGAUCCUCGAAGGCUCCACAGUUGUGAUGAAGGCGAUCAACACCAACCAGGAGUCAGCUGUCCGGCAAGCCGUUGCAGUGGCCCCACGCGGCAGGCGAGCCCUUGAGGUUUUGAACGUCUGCGUGGGUACACAGACGAUUUCGCCUCUGUAUUGGGCCAUCGACAGUGGCGCAUUGAACUGCGCCAGAGCGAUUAUCGAGGACUUGUUGACCAUCCGUGCCGACCGCGAUGUGUACUACUAUGGCUGUGAUGCAUUGUUCACCCGCCAUCCGGAGAUUGUGCACCGCAUGUGCACCAGCGCGCCAAGUCUCCUGCUGCCGCUUUUCGAUGGUCUGGUCUGGCGCUCGCGACUCGCCAAAGACGGCACUCGUCGCGUCAACCUCUACAUCAAGCACCUGGUGCAGGACGCCAAGGGCUCCUUCAGCCCGACUCUCCAGUGGCUGGUCCAGUACAAGGACCCGAAGAUCAUGAGCCACAUCGUUGUGGCUCUGACGACGGACCUGAUUUGGAGUCGGUUCGCCGCGUUCCAGUUCCUUUUUGGACGAUGCUACUUUCUCAUGACGCUUUGCCUGUUCUUCGUGAGCCAGUCCUUGAUGAAAGGAAAGGACGAUGCUGUAGAGACACUUGAGGUGAACGUGGCUCGUUUUGCACUGCGGCUUUGGCUGUACAUUCCGAGCUUGUCCGGCCUGUUCUACAGCCUGGUCAAGGAUAUCGUCACUGACUUUGCCUGGGGCCGCAUGAACAGGACGGGGUGCGUUCCGAUCCCAAAGACUCUGACCAGUGCCAAGCAGGUGGGUCGUGUCAUGCUGACCUUCGUCUUGAUCGGCAUGUUUGUUUUCGAACCAAUCCUUUGGUGCUCCUCCACGUGGAUGAACAGCAACACGGUUAUGAUCUUUUCCACCCAGUGCGGCGCAGACGAGGUGUCCCAGAUCUACUCGGCCUUCUCUGCCACUGGCAUGGUGCUGUUCUGGCUGCUCCUCACUGACUUCACCGUCUUCUCCAUGCGGCUGUCAGCGUUUUCACUGGUGUGUGCUUGGGUCGUCGGAGAGGUGCUUCUCUUCUUCCUGGCGCUGCUGUUCCUGGUACUGACCUUCGCGACAGCUUUGAGUGCCAUCCGAAGCGAUUUGAAGGAGUACAACGAUGUGGUGACAUGGAUCGGUGUUCUCUUUCAGGUAUCGCUGGGCAUAUUUCCGGAAUCGGAGUUUGCUGUCAUCAAGGACGAGCUGCCAAAAUUCGUGAGCUUGUCAGCCUUCCUGGCGCUGGUCUCCAUCUUCCUGCUGAGCCUCUUGGUGGCCCAGCUGACCGAAUCCUACCGCACCAUGUUUGCG